CACAGGCUUUCGGAAUAGCCCUGCAGCUGUUGCUGGAACGUCAGUACCUGUGACGUUCUAUCUGCUCCAUUCCUAUUAUUGCUCCUCCAGCUGCUGCUGCCGCCGCUGCUGUUUUCGCUCACCCCCCCCCCCCGCGCCUCUCUUUAGCCUUCAUAUUCCUGCGAGAAACGUGACAGCCACCUCUUCGACCAUGCACGAGUCCUCGGCCACCAAUCCUGCUCUGUCAUGCCUCUAAAGUCCUACGCACCAAAUAUAUAAAGAGGAAUCGAAUCUGCGCAGGUGGAGUCUCUGGGAAAUCGCGCUUUACCCCUAGAUUGCUCAGAUGUCAGAUUAUUCUGUGGUCACGCACUGAAGAAUUAAACCGCUGGGAGAGAGAGAAAGAGAAGAGUGAGUUUAUAUAUAUAUAAAAGUGAGUUUAUAUAUAUUUAUAUAUCUAUUCCCCAUUACCCAUUGUGCAUGCAUGAUCAAACGCAAACUUUUUUUCCAGGGACAUUCACAGCUGCGUAGCUAAGGAAAUCUAACUCUCGUUUAACGACCUUUUAGGUUUUUCCAGUAGAAAAAAGAAAGUCUAGCAGCAAUAAAAGGGACUGGUUCUCCAAGCAGACAACCUUUGCAUUAUAUCGUGUGUUUUUUUGCUGUGUGUGCUGUAGAAUCCACAGGAAGGAGAAUCUGCUCCUUCCCCCGCGCGCUGCUGGUGCGCAGUUCCAUCUCAUAGCUGGAGCGGAAGGCGAUGGUUCUGCCAUUGGGCUGUUAAAUCCACGGCGCACUAGGGAGCUACUUUCAGAGAAUAAAAACAAGAGGGGAGUAGGUGACAACAUUUUGGAUUAGGCCAACUUCUUCCUGUGAAAUGACGUGCUAGCUGCACAGCGCUACGGAGGUGGCCAAGUGGAAGGUGGUCUAAUAAAAAGCUGGCACCGCUAUUUUGCACUUACUCCUGUCCUUCGCAGCAACAGGUGGUGGUGAACUCUGGAUUUCUUCCUAGCCAGUUCCUGCAGGCAUUUUAUUAUUUUCAGCUGCAAAUCACGGCUUUCUUUGCCCAGGAUUAUUGCUUCGGGUAUAUCCAGAAUCCAGUCCGAAAACGUCUUGACCUCCCCAAUCUUAAAAGCCCCCCCCCGCUCCACCGGGGUAUUUUUAAGGACAGUACUUGGAACGGGGGUUCUGAUUGCCAGGCGCACCUGCAUUCUACCUUUUAUUCCGGGCGGGGGAAUAAUGUCUGGGCCGGGGUGUCCCCCGUCACUCCGGCUUUCUUUAAACGCCGCCUGGGAAGCUGUUUCCCACUUUGUCCCGUGGUUUACAAAUAGCUUCAAAAACCAGAAGGCAUCGCUGCUUCACUAGCCUGGUGCAGCUGGAUCCUUCUCAGGUCCCCCGGGCGCUGUAAAAUACUGAGUACGCCGUGUUCAGAUGCCUGUGAUUCCCCCCCCCCCCCUUUUGGCAGUUUCUUUUGUUCCAUGAACAUCCACGGGAAUCUUGCCGCUUAAGGUGCACAGCGCAGCCACGCAGUGUCGCCUCCUACUCCUUUCUGGACUGCUCUCCUGACAAUUCAAUAGAGAGAAAACGCGGCGGCGGCGGAGGGGUGGGGGUGCCCUCUGUAGAGCAAGUGCUUUGACAACUGAACGCAGUUAAAACAAAGCCAGAUACCAGGAUCUCUAGAAACCCACAGAGCUGUUUUCAAAAUGGUUUUUUUGAAAAAGGAACCACCCUUUCUCAGAGACCCCAGGCUGGCUAUUUAUUAGUGCGAAACGUCCCCGGCUCGGCAAUGGAUUCCAUCCCUGGGUGAAAAUGUAACCUUCCCCUCCCUCUCGGCCUCCCUCCCGUUUCAGCUCGACACAAUCGCAAAGCACAGACUCAGCAGGGAGAGCCAGAGAAUGUUCCACAUGCAGGCUGACAUAACUCCCACCCCCUGUUCCUGAUCGAACGCCCGCGGGUCCCUAGUUGACUUGAUUUUUAAAAAAAUAAAAAUUGCAGCCCUUUCGCCGACAGAGCCGCCCCCGCCAAACCCUCAGUGUGCCACUUUUUUUUUUUGCCAGCUCCCUCCAGGAUGUUCCAGCAGGAUCCAGAUCCUUCCAACUUUCACCUUUCUUCCCUUUCCAGAAAGGAGAGGAUUUGUUUGGCACGGGGGAGGAGGAAGCGGCUCUAGAAAAGCGGCUGGGGAAAGCAUAGGGACCAGCUGUUUAUGCAAAUAUGAAGGGGCGUGUCUGGAAAGGCCUGGGCGAAGGUGGGGGUUAGGGAGGGAAGGAGUAGAAGUGUCCCUAUGCAGAUGAGAGGGGCGUGGGCAAGCGGAGGGUGGCUCGGAUCCCCGGAAGAGCGAGAAAGCCCAUAUAAAAAACUACAGAGGACAUUCCCAAGCAGAACCAGCAAAAGCUCUAGAGGCGACCUAAGGCUGCGCAGGGCGAGCGGGAGCAGCUCCGGGGAAAGCGUGAUCCCUGCUAGCUGGGCGGAAGAACCGGGCAGGAUUCCGGAGGAAAGCUUUGCGCCAGGCGGCUCCUCCAGUGGCGCAAGGGGUGCAGGUUGCCUGCCCUCGCCAUCCUUCGCUGCUAUCCGUCAGAAGGGCAGCUCGAUCACACGCGCGCGCGCCACACGGCAGGUGAUCAGGAGCAAGCCCCCAGGUGUGUAUACUGGCGGAUAGAUCAGGAGCGGGACGGUGAAAACACACUUAAAACUGCAUCCUGUUCCUCCGAAACGCUGAGUCCACUCCGGGAGUCGUGGCUUCACUUGAAAGCGCCGCUUAGCUCAGCCAAAGCCGCUUUCCGGGAAGGGAAGGGGGAGCAGGGAGCGCCGGAGAGCUGCUGAGAUCCUCCGACCACUUCAGACCUGUCAAGAGGAAGGGGCUUGAAGAUCCAGGGCCAUAGCUACGGGGGGGGGGGGGGACUAGCCGGGUUUUUUUGCCUCGGGUGAAGCCUCUAGAGGGGCGCCACUGAGACUCCCAGCGUAUGUGUGCGUAAAUACGCGCGCGGGGUGUGUGUGCCAAACUGGGUGAAAUAAAGCUUACUUUCGCCCCUGUGAGGAUCGCAGUCUUCGUCAUAAGCUAUAAAUUCCUGAUUUUUUGCUUGCCUUUUUUUUAACCCCCUCCCCCGUCCCGCUAGGAGUGGAAGAAGAAGAAACUCCAGCAAAGGAGGCCUCUCUUUCUCUCCAUCUAUUUGAUCCGCUCCAACUUGCAAACGGCGCUGGACCAUGGCAGAUGAGGAAAAUAUUCUCAGUAGCAGCACUAGCAGCAGCUCCGACGGCGCCGACGGCGACUGCCCUCGGCAGGCUAUUGCCGAGCCGUGCCUGGGUUGUAGCGAGAGCAGCCGCUGCAACGUGCUCAGCUGGGAGCAAGUGCAGCGCCUGGACCGCAUCCUGAGCGAGACCAUCCCGAUCCACGGCCGGGGCAACUUCCCCACGCUGGAGAUGCAGCCGCGCCAGAUCGUGAAGGUGGUGCGCAGCCGCCUGGAGGAGCAGCGCAUCGGCGUGCGCGAUGUGCGCCUCAACGGCUCGGCGGCCAGCCACGUCCUGCACCAGGACAGCGGCCUGGGCUACAAGGACUUGGACCUCAUCUUCUGCGCCGACCUGAAGGGAGAAGCCGAGUUCCAGACGGUGAAAGACGUCGUCUUGGACUGCCUGUUGGAUUUCUUGCCGGAAGGAGUUAACAAGGAGAAGAUCACCCCGCUCACCCUCAAGGUAAAUGGAAGGCGCUCGCAGUCCCCGGCCGGCUGGGAGAACCUCUUUUCUCGCUUCGCUUCUGCCUCUCCAAAAUGGGCCGGCACAGAGCAGCGCAGGCGGACAGAAUGGAGAAGGCGCAGCUUCUAGGACAAGCUAGCCCUUAUUUUAGAUUGCAGUGCAGCUGAAUAAAAAUAUUUUUAAAAAGUAAUUUUUUAAGGGGGCAGAAUACACACACUCCAUUGCUAAAAAAUCAACAACCCCAGGAUUAUUCAUGUAUAGGUCCUCCCCUUAAAGCUUUUUGAAAUACUAACUUGGCAUGGUUCCUUAGAGUGAUUCCUAAGUCUCUGUAUGUGUGUACAUGUGUAUGUACAAUAUUUAUAGGCAGUUAUCAAUGAAUUCUUAUUUUCUAUGUAAAUGCACCCUGAGCCAAACCGAAGUACUUGGAUUUAUGCUAACGUAGCUCCAUUAAUUUCUCAUCAGGCUAAGCCGUUUUAAAUACAGUUACUUUCUUUUAAUUGGUUUGUAGCUAGGACCGCUAGAUGGGCACGGUGCUCCUCUGUCUCCUUGCCCUGCAUAGGCUGGAAUGCAAAGGCUGGAUUUGCUGUCAAAAUACUCUAAUAAUGCUGCUCUGCAGCCUGUCUUAAGUAUGUGAAGAGCCCAGCUCUUUCUUCCAAAAAAAUGUGCUUCGCUUCACUGCUUUGUUCUUAAACACCUUUGCAAUGCUGAUUAAGUGGCUUAAUUAGCUACGGGGAAACUGGAUUGCCUUGAAUCAAGUAACUGUUUUAACCGAUGGUGCAGUAAGGGCGUUUUAGAUGGUUUAAAGGACCCUAAUCCCGUUCCCCUUCUUCAGAUGGCAGUGUGGAAUGAGCCAGCCCUGCUAAGUUUGGGGGCUGCCCUGCUCAUUGUGUUGACAUCCUCCCCAAGGCCCUGCCUUGGUGGCCCCACAAAUGUUAUUCUAGAUCACAGCAGGGGAAGAAAGGGUUGAUUUCCCUCUCUAUACCUGCUCUGGUUUUGUCUUGCCUUGUUUUGGGGGUGGGCAAGAGAUUAUGAAGGUUGAGAUAAUGUUGAAAGUUCCCAGAAUAUUGGUGCAAGUUUAUUUUUAAGGGAAAGCUACUAGGGAUUUUAUAAGAUACAAUCUGAUUAUUAUUCUCCUUUGCAUGUAUGCUACAUUUUAACCGUCUGAAAGAGUCCUGUCCCCUUCACUAUAUCUCUGUGUGUGCAUGUUUGUUUAGCGUGCAUCAAUUCAAUCUCUUUGGAGGAAAAGCCUUAAUAAAAUCCUACAGAAUAUGUCCUUUGUGCAGGACCAUGCUACAAGCACUCCCUCGCCCUUUGGUCCUAUGCAACUGCAGGUCUGCAAAACCGCAUGCUAAAUCUGUCCACAGUGUCUCUUUCUUACGCCUGGGCUCUGUAAAUUUGCUCUGCUGCAAGCUAGGGCAGGGUGGAGCUGGGAUCAAAUGCAAAUGCAGACUCUAAAGAGGAGGUGCUUUUAUUGGUUUUCUGAUCUGCUCCUCCCUCCUCUCUCUCUCCCCCCAACCCCGUGUGUUUCAAAUUGUAGGAAGCCUAUGUGCAGAAAAUGGUGAAAGUGUGCAAUGAUUCAGAUCGGUGGAGUCUCAUCUCCUUGUCCAACAACAGUGGGAAAAACGUGGAGCUGAAAUUUGUGGACUCCCUGAGAAGGCAGUUUGAGUUCAGCGUAGAUUCCUUUCAGAUCAAGCUAGACUCUCUCCUCCUUUUUUACGAAUGCUCAGAGAACCCGAUGACUGAAACUUUUCACCCAACUAUAAUCGGGGAGAGUGUCUAUGGGGAUUUCCAAGAAGCUUUUGAUCACCUUUGCAACAAGGUCAUUGCUACCAGAAACCCAGAAGAGAUCAGGGGAGGUGGUCUCCUGAAGUACUGCAACCUCCUCGUAAGGGGCUUCAGGGCAGCCUCGGAAUCCGAGAUCAAGUCUCUCCAGAGAUACAUGUGCUCCAGGUUUUUCAUUGACUUCUCGGACAUUGGGGAGCAGCAGCGGAAGUUGGAGUCGUACUUGCAGAACCACUUUGUGGGCUUGGAGGACCGCAAGUAUGACUAUCUCAUGACCCUUCACAGUGUGGUGAAUGAGAGCACCGUGUGCCUGAUGGGACAUGAGAGGAGACAGACUCUCAACCUUAUCACCAUGCUGGCCAUCCGUGUGCUAGCUGACCAGAAUAUCAUCCCCAAUGUGGCCAACGUCACGUGCUACUACCAGCCAGCUCCGUAUGUAGCAGAUGCUAACUUUAGCAAUUAUUAUAUUGCCCAGGUUCAGCCAAUGUUCCCGUGUCAGCAGCACACGUACUCGACUUGGUUGCCCUGUAAUUAGCAGAUUUAAUAGGCUUGGUGGAGAGUUUGUUUUCUGUCAAGCAAAUAAAGGGGGGGAAGGCAGAACUCCCCCCUCGUCUCCUUUUUUUCAAAACAAACAAUGGGGUGUUUUUUGUGUGUGAUGGUGGUCUGCUCUGGCUUUUCAGCUUGAGGGAGGCUGUCGGUUCUUCAGUCUAAUGAAACAGAGAGUGAUUUAGAAAAAGAACCGAAAGACAAAAAACCUCAUUGGAUUCUCUACCCCAAAGCACAGAGGCCUGUCAUGAAAAGCAAAUAGGCCCCCUUGAAGGAAACCAGGGAGGAGGAAUGCUUGAUGACAAUAUGGGUUGGUGACGCCUGCUCCCAUAGCUAUGGCAGAGUGAAAGUUGGGAAGCCUUUAUUUUUUAAAUGAAUCUGCAAAAAAACAAAACAAAACAAAAGACAGGGGAGGAAAUACGAGUGGGGAAGGGAAAGGAAAUAUGCGUUCAGGAAUUUUAAGUUAGAUUCAUAACACAGAGAUAUGUUGGAAUAAGAGAUAUUUUAGAAUUACUGCCUUUGGGGCAUGUAUUAAGUGCUGUCAGUGGAAUGAACCCAUAGAAUGUAUAGCUUGCUUGAAUAGAAAGCUUUAAGAGAACCAGCUUGCUCCAAAAUGGGGAAAAAAGAAAAAAAAGCAGUUGUAGGUGGGUACAGUUAUUAUUUUUUUAAAGAGAGAAACGGGGGGGGGGGAGAUUAUGACAAAUUUCAUUAUUUCCAGCUGUGUGUGUGCUUCACAUUUUGUAAAAAAAAAAAUGUGGAAAAGCCAGAAAACCAGCUGUAGCAAGCAUCAUAUGCUUCAGGACCAAAGAUUUCUCAGUUAAGUUAUCCAAGCAAGUAGAAAGCAGAGUAGACUAUUAAAAAAAAGAAAAAAAGAGGAAAGAUAAGAUAUUACUAUAUUUGUACAUGCUAAUGUUAAACAAAAGUGCCUGAUACCUUUAGAAAAUUUGAAGUGAGAAAAAUAUAGUUUUGUGGUUUAAACUUGCAUUUUGUUUUUAUCAGGGACACAAGAAACAAACAAACAAACAAAAAAGCUUGUGAAUAAAUGGUGGAGGAAAUGCCUAUUUUUUUCGCUGGCAAAUACUUAUAUAAAGUUUCUAUUGUUGGCGUGAUGUUAUCAUAGGUACAUGUGUGUAUGUGUGUAUAUUGUUGUGUGUGUGUGCGUGUGUGCGCGCGUGUGUAUGUAUGUAUACAUGCAUACACACAUAUUUUCAAUAUGGUUUGGGAAAAUGUAGCAAUUUUAAGGAAUGUUUUAAAUAAAAUACAGUGUGUUUUCCAGUCUGCAACAGGAUAUCAUAAUGCUGUGGGCACUUUGCAGAGAGUUAUCCUGCACCAGAAAAUCUGAAUAAACAAACUAUUCAUAAGCAAGAUGGGAUUCAAAGGAUGCAUUUGGUUGCAAGAACAUAAACAAAUCCAUUGGGUUACUUGUGAGCCAUACUAGUUUCAAACAUUUCACCCACUGAUCCUUUUGUCCCCUGUUUUGUACUGUAAUAUGGUUUUGACAGUUAAUUCACUAGUACCAUGAUUGCAUGCCUCUCUGAUGUACAGAUAACCAUCGGAAUGUGGCUCAAAUGGAUAGCUCCCUUGACAGCUAAAGAAUAUUGUAUUUGAAUAAUAAUUAUUGACAUUUAAAAAGAGCAAGCAGAAUGCACUGUGCAUUCCAGGACCACUAAAAGUUAGUAAAUGUGAAAUUGAACCAUUAUGAAGACUGUUGCAUGGAUUUUGGAAGUCUAUAUUUUAUAUUACACACACACAUUUUUAUGCAAGUAUUAAACAACUUUGGUUGUCACACUGCGUUUUCCAGUUUAGUACUGUACCUUAUUUAAAAUGAUUAAUCUUUUGCAUUGGGACAAAUAAUUUAAUUUCCUUUCUCUCAAGAGACUUAGGGGAAUGCUGGGAAAUCAUUUUACUGGGAGGGUUUUUAUACCCUCACCACUGUAGUGAUGAUUAUACAAAAGAAUUUAACCAUUUCUUCUUUUUUCAUCCAGCCACUUUUUUUUUUAAAUUAAAGCAAACAAAAUCUAACUUAACACCUCAGUCACAAUCAAACACAGCGUUAAGUGCUCUUACGUCCGGAAACGUAAAAAUCUUUGGGUUCCAGUGCUCCAAAUCUGUGUUGGAUUGCGGCCUACACAUUGUUUUAUUAAUGCUAAGAAAGGAAGCCAAGGUUACAGUUUGGGAGAGGAAACUGAACUAAGCCACCCACCACUGCGGAAUCAAAGGGAGAGAAAUACACGCUGCACAGGGAAAUGUUCAAGCAACAUAAAAUAUUUAAAGGGGAGGGAUUAGUAAACUGCUAACCAGGCAAUUUAGCAUCCCAUUGUCCUAACAAAGCUACUGGCAAUACAUUUGUCCCUUCCCCCAUUAUCCAUUACUGAAGCUUUUCUAUUCUUAACCAUCCCUUUGUGUCUGAAGGUCAGUUUAACAGGACCCCAGCUUGUUUACUCAAGUCUCUUCCUUGUGAAUUCUGCAGGAAAUGUAAAAUUAAUUUCCAUCUUGGCAGUCGGUCCCCCAGUCGUCACUUUUUGCUUGUCUGUUCACUACCCACAGCCUGCUUAGAAAAUCACAAACCUCACCCUCAUAACAAAUACACAUCUAGUCAGUGCUCAGUUACGAAAAUGAAAUGUCCUCUUUCCAUUGGCCCAGCGAAUCAGCAGGGAGAUGUGCUUUGUCAAAAUCAGAGUCUAGUCAGAGGGGAUUUCUGAGGGAAGCUGAGCAGAAAGAAGGCUGGAGCAAGAGGAUCAGCUGGUAAUGUGGUAUGUCCUUUCCUACCACAGCUAUUUUGCUGCAAAUAAAUGAGUCAUCCACUAUUGAAAAGGGUUUGGGGUAUCUGGCAGUACUUCAGCCACAAAAUGCUGAUAAUACAGUAUAGACAUUUUUUCCCCUUUGGAGCAGCCUUUUCCCUCUUUUAAGAAAACCAAACACGGCUAUUGUUAGUCUGAGGAUUACAGGGUCACUGUCUCUCUUCUCCUCCCCCUUCAGGUAGAUGCAUCUCAUGGCAAGCAGCAAAUGGUUGCCUUGCAUAUCACAUGCCCCACAAGCUCUGUUCACUAGGUGAAAUAGCUCUCUCUCUCUUUUUCUCUCUCUGCUUUAAGGAGCCAGCAGUCUUCAGCCACUAACAGGGCUUUGUUGCAUCUGGCUGGCAGUGGAGGUUGUUUUUAAACCGUCUGGUGAUAGUGAUGAGAAGAUGCUUUGACUCUAGGUCAAAACUAAAAUAACAGCGUAUUUUCAGAACGUGUUGGCUUCUGUGAUUUGCAGACCUAGUCCUUCAUAUGGCCAAACAGCAUCCAGCAUCCCCCCCCCCCCCCGAUCCUUCUCCAAUUUUAUUAAACUAGCACAUUCAUAAGAAGAAAACGUUUGUUACUCUUAGGAUCUGGUCCUUCUAUUCAUUCAGCAAAAGCUUCAAAUGCAUUUUAAAGAAACUAGGUUUUAAGCAACUAGCUUAAGAUGUUGUCUUAAUUACAGUCCUAUGGUUUGUGUUACUGUUGGGUUAAAUGUGAAUCAAAGAGGAACUAAACCUCUUCUGAUGUGUCAUUGGGAGAUGAGGAAGGCAAAGACAUCAGAUUCUUUUUGAAGAACUAGUAGAAUCCGCAGUUUGUUAUCGUUCGUUAUUGUGAAACUUCAGUUGUCCGUGUCUGCUAUGUGGACCUCAGGUGAUUGCAUAUCACUUUUAUACUUAUGUAAAUAUCACAUUCAUUUAUCCAAACAUUUCAUUCUCAGUCCUGGGUCAUUCAGUUCAGAUAAAUGGAAUCAUACUGUGUAUAUAUAAUCCACAAUAUGCAAAAACAAAACAAGAAAAAAAUGGGGAGGGGGGAAUAAAAUGGAAGCAGGAUUCAUAUUUUCAUAACUCUUUUUAUUUAAAUGCUUUAAGACUUGUUUGCUGCUAUGUAUUGCACAAAGUUUCAUGCACAGCUUAUAAAUGCCUGUUGUAAGUGCUUUAUAUGUGAGUUGUAUUAUAUUGAAGACUCAUCCAUUCUGAGAAAGCUUUAAAUAGUUUGUGGAAAGAAAAACGUGUAAAGAAAAAUGAAAAUGAGAUGGAGAGAAAUAUAUCUAUCUAAUGACAUAUUAAGCACUUUUUGUUUUUGUUUUUCUUGGUUUUUUUGUGUGUGUAUUGCUUUCUGAUUUCCACUGCGAUGACAAAAAUCCAAAAUCCAUGUACAGGUGUUGUUGUUUUUUUGGGUUUGCUUUCUUAGCAAGCCGUGAUUAUACCUAGUUAAACAUCAGAAAGGUCUGCAGACUUCAGGACUGGUUGAACGUGGAACCACAAACUCUUGCAGUCUGUGGGAAGUCAAGUGAUGCUGAAUUUGUUCUCCUGUGGCAUUCCGCACAACUUUAGUCUUCAGCGAGACAUUCUGCUGCAUCAAACCGCUCCCCUUGGACUGUUCCUUUAGGAACUUUUUGACUCUGGGUUCUGUUGGAGGCUGAAACAAAAAGUGGAUGGGAAACAGACACUUCUAACCAAGUAAAGCAUUUGCUCCAGUGCUAGCGGGAACAGAUUGUGAAUUUUGUUUACAGCAUCCAAUAUUUGGAUUUUUUUGUAAAUAAAAAUGAUGUUAUUUUUUCUA